AUGGCCGGCGGAUACGACCGGACCACCCGAUGGAGGAAGACGAUGGAUCAUUUAUUGAUGGUAUGCUCUCAAUUUGAUGACUAUACUGUGACGCUGACGCAAGACUUGCUGUCAGACUUGAUUGAGGUUACUGGAGAGUCAUCGAACCCAAGAGUUACACCUUCCGGAGGCUCGGAGCAGGACGAAACCUAUCUACCUUCAAGAGACAGCCCCUUUCUAGAAGCCAUGGAAAAUUGCGACACCAGAGUAACCAGACACCGGACUACACAUGCAAUCGUUGUCGGGAGUAGCGAGAUGGCAAGUGACACUUAUGGCCAUGAGCAAAUACGACAUGAGCGAGCAGAUGAGAAGCCACGGUCACCUGUCUCAAUGACUGCAGCAUCGACUCAAGCUCCUCAGGAGAACGAUAACACGUCCGGCGUCACUGAUACAGUAACAUUCCACGGCAUUGGGCGUACGUGGUAUUUCGGGUCGGUUGAACAAAAGGCACAAGUGCUAGAGGCCGUGGCAAAUGGGGUGGCGAUAGCAUGUACAGACGACAUCGUCGAGAUGGAGAGGAGAAAAGAUGAAGAGACUGACGCCAUGGAUUUGUUCUAUCAGGAGUUUGUCUUUCCGGUAUUUCAGAACACACUUCACGAAAACGGCGCUCAACCACGGCAAUGCGAUAUUUCUCAUCCGUCCGAUAUAAUUUAUCGUGGUGAAAGCUUGCAUUCCAGAUCUAUUGAGGAGAAAGCUGAAGCCUUGCAGGCAGGCAUGGUCAAGCUUGAGGAAAAAAUUGACUGGUACUUUGACCAAGUCAAGAUAAGAGAAGACCAAAUCACCUAUCGGCGCUUAUCUUCAUACUACAAGAAGAAAUAUUUGCGUCGGAUGGAGAAAUUACUCCUCGCAAAUGGAGCUGAAUUGCGCCCACCAACCCACAUCGCCAAUUCCCGAGACUAG